AUGGCCGCUCCCGCACCGAGCUCGAAGUGGACCGUGGCCGCACCGCUCGACUCGCGCAAACGCACCAUACGUCCACCGACCUCCGACAGCUACGAGGACUGGACUCUGGAUCAACUCAAGCUUGAGUGUACGGCGCGAAAGCUUAAUGUUGUGAAGAACACUCGCAAACAAGACCGUGUGGAUCUACUAAAAGCAUGGGACUCAAACAAAGAAGCCGUUCAAGCUCUGGUUGUUCGUCAACGCAAGCGAUCCAAAGGGGUUAGUGAAGAAGAGGAGAGACGCAGCGCCGGCUGCAUGUUUCGGCUCAUUAACGUACUCUUCUCUGAUCGGUUUUUCGACUCGUUCCUAACGUCCGGAAAUUUGCUCCCGCGUGACGUCCUCGAUGAUGGAGGCUCCACCUUUUGGUUUGAUGUGGCACAUGCAUUUGCCUCAGAUACCACUGAGUACGACACAUUGAUCUCGGGCGACGCUGUCUUUGAAGACAUCGACACCUCCUCGCACAUGGCACAUUCGGCAGCCAAGUUGAAGAGGAUGUGGAAGGAGGUUAGCAGCCACUUUGCGAGAGCUGAAGCUGGUUCAAAGGUGUCAGGACAAGGCAGCGCUGACUUUUGGGACUUUUGCGAUGGUCGAGCCGACGUGUACUAUUUGGACAAGUGGUGUGAGCACCGUCAAGCCGGACGUGAGUUCUGCUCUGCCAACUUGUAUCCCGAAGACGAGGACGACUCCACCCAAGAAGACGGCUGUUUUCAACGCUCUACUCGACAAAAUUGA